CGGAUUGGGUAAUUUCUUGUGACUGGUGGCGAAACUGUACGCCGGGUGAACCAGCAGCAUUGAAUUAGACGGUUUGGCUGAAAUUUCCACAUCCAAGAGAAAAGAUCACGGCAGCAAACUUGCGCAUUUGAAAUUUUCAAGGUUAAGUUACUAUAUUCGAAGAAAAAUGAGUAAAGAAACUGUCAGGAAGGUUGAAAACAACAGCACACCGGAUGAGAGCAGUAUGCAGUAUUAUACACGUCAGGAGGUUCAAGUCCAUAAUAUGAGCGGAGACACAUGGCUCAUUAUCCACGACAAAGUUUAUGAUAUCACAGGUUUCAUGGAGGAGCAUCCAGGAGGUGAAGAAGUUCUGCUUGAGCAAGCAGGUACAGAUGCAACAGAAAGUUUUGAAGACGUGGGCCAUUCAACAGAUGCCAGAGAGAUGCUUCAGCAGUUUUACAUUGGGGAACUCCAUAUGGAUGAUCGAAAGAAAGAAUCAAAAAAGGAUGUUUACCUUACAACUUCAAAGGAGUCCAGGUCAUGGACCACCUGGGUAAUUCCUGCCAUAGCUACUGUGCUUGUGGGCAUCAUGUACCGAUAUUACAUGCUGGACCACAAAUCAUCCUGAAGUCUUUCAACAUCAAUUGAUUUCCUUUGUCUGGAGGCCUUGACUUGUUGGACACAGUGAGCCUAUGAACUCACUGCUCUCGAAACAUCCAACCAUCCUACUUCUUUAGGUUCCACCCAACCGAGGGUUUGGACCUGAUUAAUACACCAUUAGAGCAUUCCACUUUUCUACCAGGUUUUACCAUAUGUAGUAGUUUUGCCUUACCUGCAGGAUCGAUCUUUGUCAUUAUGGUUUUUCAUAGUCAUACCAUAUCGGAUCUCGAUCACUUUUUCUGCAAUUAGACAAAUCAGAAGUUCACAUUUUCCACUUGGCUGCUAAUUCAUUUUUCACCUUUAGGUUAUAACCCAAGUAUUUUGACCAAAUGAUGCAAAUAUAUCCCGUUCCUUGUUGAAACAGGUGCUGCAUUCGGAGAUGUACUUUCUUGUAGAGUUUAGUUCCUGCACUGUUCUUACGCAUUUAAGGUACCAGAAGACAUUGACAAACUAUUUUAGGUGUGUUUGAGUUGGGUUUAAACUCUCCUAGAAGGUACAUAUCCACGAGAAGCUCUGUCUUAGAGCAUGGUGUCAUGCUAUUAAAAAUAAAUCACUAUUUUAAAUACAUUAAAAUAUAGAUUAAAGCAUUUACAUAUCGUCAUUGUUUUAAAUAUUGUCAUUCAACGUAAGACAACGUACAAUUGCUGAAAUGUAAGAUUUGUAGCAUACAGUAGGAUUAUACAGUGCUUUAAAGUUACAAAUACAUAUGCUUUUCUUAUACAUGUAAGAUUUCUAUAGUGCGGUACCUCUAUCGGCAGACUUGAAAUUUGACUCUUGUACUCUGACAUUUUGUAAUUCUGCAUUUAUUGGGAAAUAUUUAAGUGUUUUACAAACACAAUUUGUUUGAAAUGUUGGUGAGAACAUUUUUUGGGAAAUCUUGAAUAGUUUGAACUGUUGUACAGUGUGUAGAGUACCCAUUCGUAUAUUCAUUGCACAACGUAUGCAUUUGCUUCUCUUUUUGUUUGUUUUAGCAUUGCAAAACUUUUAGCUUUACUGGCUUUAGCUUUAAGGGCAGUAUAUGAACUAUUAUAUGCAAGUGUUGCCUUUAACGUUCAAUGUUAAACAAAUCGUUUUGUUGCAUGUUCAUUUACGUUAUGCUCACAUUCUGUAGCUCUGUUGUUACAUCUUACGUUGUUUGUAAAGGUUGAAUUUACAGUUUGUGCAUGAACUAAUGUUAACAGUUAUAACUUUUAAUUUAAAAAGGUAUUAGUAAAUGUUGAUAUUAACAUGAACUAAGAUUAAUAAUACUUCUAAUAUGCUGUAGAAGUAUUGUUCAUCAUUAGUUCAUUUUAUCUAAUGCAUUUACCAAUGUUAACAAACACAAAUCUAUUGUAAAGUGUUAAUGUACGAAAAAGUCAUACUUGGUUUUCUUCCCAAAUUGUCAUGUCUUGUUUAGUGUCACAUUUUCCUUUAAAAUUACAGCCCGUGCAAAUGAAUACUAUUUUGCUUUUACCAUUGUGUUCAGCUUUGUCCAACUACUGAUGUUCAGAUUUUCAUGUUUGCGUGAAUUUUAAAUGGUAAGGUAAUAUUAAGAUAAUAACAUUGUCCCGUUUUCAUCAGACAGCGUUUUAUUGUUUAUGGUUUACAUUUAGGCCAAUAGAGAGAAUUAUAUAAUAAAAGUAAAAAAUAAUUAAACAUUGUCUUUGUCUGCCUGGAAAUAUUUGUGGUACUUCAGGGUAAAAAUGAUAGACAUACUGAAUCUAUAUGAUUUCAAUAAAUGUUAAAAAAUUGAAACAUAA